UGAUGAUGGUGGUGUUGACAAUAAUGAUGUCGAUGGUGAUGAUAAUAAUGAUGUCGAUGGUGAUGAUGGUCAAGGUGGUGUCGAUGAUUAUGUCGGUGGUGAAGAUGGUGGUUUUGGUGGUGACUACGAUGAUAUCAGUGGUGGAGAUGGUGGUUUUAAUGGUGUUGAUGAUGUCGGUGGUGAUGAUGGUGAUAGCGGUAAUGUUGAUGGUGAUGGUGAUGCUCCCGGUUAUGGCGAUGAUAGUGCUGAGAUUAGUGAGAUUCCGACAUAUGUAGGUUUUGAUGUCGAUGAUGAUAUCUAUGGUAAUGUUGCUGGUAAUAAUGAUGAUGUUGGUGGCGAUAAUGAUGAUGUUGGUGGUGAUAAUGAUGAAGUCAGUGGUAUUUGUGGUAAAGAUAAUGAUGUCGGUGGUAUUUGUGGUAACGAAGAUGAUCAUGAUGAUGAUGGUAAUAAUGAUAAUGAUGACAAAGAGGAUGUUGGUACAAAUGGUUGUCGAAAUGAGGAGGCUGAGGUUUCACCAUAUGAGGGUGAUAGUGCUGCUGCUGGUGGUGGUGGAGAUGAUAAUGGUGAUGAUGACGGUUACUAUGGUGAUGGCGACCAUGUUGAUGUAAACGGUUAUAAUCGCAAUGAGAAUGCAGAGGUGUUACCAUGUGGUGAUGGUGGUGGUGGUGGUGAUUUUGGUGAUGCUAGUGGUGUUGGCGUUGGUUGCUAUGGCGACAAGGCGUGGUCAUAUGAUGACAAUGACACCGAAAGCGGUGCAAGAGAGGCUGGUGGCAGCGAGGACCCGCUGGUGGAAACAGGUUCUGGGGGAAGCGGCGGUCAGGGUGGUCACUUCUUUGGCUCAGGGAUCAGCUAGCACUAGCAGUGGGAGCCGGCGUCUACGGUGUAGCGGUGUGAAGCUUCGAUGUCGCGCGCAGGAGACCCGAGAUCGAUUCUCGUGUUGGGAUUGGGAGAAUUUUUAUCACGUAUCUCCCGUCUUUCUUUUACGAUGUCGUUGUAUCCCUCUCGGCCUGGCUUAACCCUGAUAGGUUGGGUGGGAAGCCUGCCUCCUGCUAAAUAAUGUAGGCUUAAAUUGUGUCAAGUUAAUAAUGGGAACGUAAAAACACAUUCAUAUGUGAGGCAGCGCGGUGAAAUCAGCCGCUCGUCAAAAUUUUGAAAUUGAAGAAACCGGCAUUUCUCUGCCUGUUUGACAGUUUUUAUCGAAUUUUUGUUUUUUGGCGUACUGAUAACAGCUUUUAUGUUCCAUUUGAAGACAAAUGUCUUCGUGAAUUUUACGGAAAAAUUUUCGGAAGUUACCGCAUUUUGGUGGACAUUUCUCGCUUAUUUUAUUUCUGAAACUAGGCGAACCCCACAUUUUUCAAUAGCAAAUUUCUCAAUUUCUAUGUAAGAUAGAUGAGUACUUUUUUCAUCAAAAGCAAGACAAAUUAACAAGCUUUAAGGUGAUACCAGUUGCUCUGCAUGAUAAAAAAUUGACGAGCGCCUGAUUCCAUUGUGACAUAUAUAUUUUUGAAAAUCUCAGAUGGACUCGGUUGGGCUGGUCACUAUAAGUUCAUGGCUUCUGUGUCCCUCUCUGGCUGGGCUGUGCACAGUGCUUUCGGGGAAGACUCGAACCCAAGGUGCUCUGGGGGGGGGGGGGGGGACUACAAACGAAUGCGCUGCAGAGAGUGGUGACGGUGAUGGCGGAUGGGCAGUGUCAUUGCUUGAGGCCGCAGAAAAAGGGGAGACCAUUAAAUAGGAUAUUGUAGAGAGGGGUUUUAGUUUUAGCCUACUUUGCUGUCUGCCCUUGGAAGGUGUGGAGAAAGCGGGGAACUGGGGCUAGUGGUGGUGUAGCAGUUAGGCACUUCGCUGUGGAACGCAGGAGACCCAAGGUCGAUUCCUCUUCCAGAGUGGGGAGAAAGA